AAUUCCGCGUUCUGUCUUUCUAGUAGAAGUUGGCUAUUUAAUCGAGAACUAACAAAAUUACACUAGCAUGAGCUGACUUCUCGUGGAAAAUAUACCGAUAAUUCCGUUUAAUAACGUCUUUCCGUUUUUAGUUAUAGUAAACCAUUAAGUUUAAUGAAAAUAUUAAAGUUUUUAAAAACCGAACUGGAAUAUAAGUUUUUUACGCACUGCCUCGGAAAUAACUGAAAUUUAUUCAAUAAUUCAGGAUAGAAAAAAUUUCUGUCAAAGCUUAUCAUAUGCUUGAUAUAAGAAUCGCAAGUAAACAUUUGAUUUCAAAGAUAUUUAAGAAGCAACGGAAAAGAUCGGGUAGUUUAAUACAAGUAUAGCAUAUAAUAAAAACUUCAUAAUGAAUAUAAUCAGCAUAGUUUUCUCCAUGUUGGCAUGUGUUUACAGUGUAACUAUGUACCCACUAGACAAUUUACCACUGUAUCAAGAGGAAAUGCUAGAAACGGACUACCCAGAGGUUUUGUACGAUCCAGAGGUGAUCCUGCCCUACACCUCGUAUCCAUCUCCAGUUAUUGUAUACCCAGAAUUAUCACUUUCAAAACGACAAGACACUCGCAAUGUUAACGUGAACAAAAGAGCAACACUUAAUCAACUUUUAAGACGCCUUAUUGCCUUAUAUGGAAACAAUGACAUAGCAUUCUCUGGCAGAUCAUCUCAUGUGCGAUUUGGCGCAGGAGGCCGAUGACACCAUUCGUUGCUAAGCACUGCAACACAUUUUAGAAUGUGAUAUCAAAAGCACGCCUUUCGAACAUGAUCAAGUUCUUGUGAGCAAAAAGAAUAUUAUUUCUUUACAUUUCUGUUUCAUAGUGACAGACAUGAUGAGAGUAUGUGCUCGUAUUAAGUUAGGUUAUACGUACAUCACAGAAAUUUGUUUUAAAAGUGUAAAAUUAAGUACUUAAAGUCAUAAAACUGUAUCUUUUAUCAACUACAGGGACACUCUCCAUUUCUAUCUAAUCCUAAUCUUGUUCAUUCUAAAGUAUUUGUAUCGUGCAAAGCUCUUUGUAAGUAUUGAGAUGUAAAUGUUGAUAUUUUAUUGUUUUGAAAUGUUUGAAUAAAAAUGUAGAGUCAAAGAGAAAGUCA